AUGCCAUUCUCACUGCCUGUUGCUUCCUCUCUCUGCAGAGUCAUGUGGUCCAGCCAUCCCAGGGAGCUGUCCACUCCCGCCCUCCACAGCCCCACUGCCCUAAAGACCAGCGGCCGGUGGAGUGGCCCACCUUGCUCUGCUGGCCCAGGACCUGCAAUCCAGAUGGCUGCUGGAAAAGAGGCUCCCCCGAUUCCUCUGGCUGAGAUCAGGUGGCGGCUGAGGGAACCUGAGCCAGACCGGAGCUGCAAGUCAGUGCUGCUUGAGAAAACCAACUGCCUGGGCCCUGUGGCUGGUGCGGGUGGUGGGGGCCGCCAGGUGGCCUGUGCUGAACUGGUACUGUCAGCGGUGCCAGGCAAGCUCCGACUGGCAAAGCUACUGCCCCAGAAAGCUCUCUGGGAGCAAAGGCAGAGUGCCUUCAUGGAGGUGCAGCAGCUUAAGGAGAGGCUGGGGGGCAAUCAGGCCCAGGGGAGGGAGCAUAAUGACCCCACGACCCAGCCUGGCCACCAGCAGCUGACCCAAGACAAUACCAAGGGCCCAGCGGGCAACACACUCUUCUCUCUGCAGCCCAGCGGAGCACGAGGUGAGCAGAGAAGCGCCUUCAGCAAACCAACUGAGUGUCCAGCAGAGAAGCCUGGGCCAUUCUCUCUCUUCCCAGCCAGCCAAUCUGCAGACUCCCCAGGGGACUUGUCAGGACUCAUCAGCACUGCAGACCCGCCUCAUUGGAGUCAACUUUCAAAUGCCAAGUUUUGGGUAGGUGAUUUCUGGAACUUGCAGAUGUUGCCACAGAAUGUUCCACUCUCCAGUGCUUUCCUGGGUGGCUCCACACUGUGGCUCAAGCACACAAUGACCCAGAUACCCAUGCCCUCCUCCCUGUCCUCCACUUCCUCAUUGACCCUCCUGCCACCCACAUUCACCAACCUGGGCUUGUCCACCCAGAACUGGUGUGUAAAAUGCAGCCUCUCCUUUCGCCUGACAUCCGACCUAGUCUUCCAUAUGCGGUCCCAUCACAAGAAGGAGCAUGCGAUGCAUGACUUGCAUUUUAAGAAGCGGAGAGAAGAGGCCCUCAUGUGCCCUAUCUGCCACGAGUACUUCCAGGAGCACCACCAUCUCUCCCGGCACAUGACAUCUCACAGUUAA